AUGACCCAAGGCACCUCAUUCAUUAUACAGGGACAGCUGCUGGACUGGGGACCGAGACAGAGCUGCCCACUGCUUCCAGGUUCUGGACGACAGCUGAGACCAGCAGAACCUCCGGGAGAUGCUGAUGCUGAUGCAGAAGAUGAAGAUUCUGUUAAUGACGUGGCAGUAGAAGACAUACGUCCAAGGCCACAGGGAUCCUCACCCGUUUAUGAAUAUUCCGUAGGAGAAGAAUACUUAAAGCUGCAAGAAGAAAACAAAAAGUAUACUACUGACAAAUCAAAACAGAGUCAUCCACAGGAGACAAUGGAAGUGACCCUGAAAACAGAAGCGGAAGCUGGUGCUAGUGGUUUUAGCGUGGCUGGUGGAGGAAAUGAAGGAAUAUUUAUUAAAAAAGUACUUAAGGAAUCUCCUGCUUCAAAAGUGUUUAGUCUGAGAGAAGGUGAUCAGCUUCUAAGUGCUACCAUAUUUUUUGAUAAUAUCAAAUAUGAAGAUGCACUCAAGAUUCUUCAAUAUUCAGAGCCAUACAAAGUCCAAUUCAGCCUGAAAAGAAAAAUUGCUGGGAAAGAAGAGCUAGAACAUUUCCACUCUACAGCUCAGUACAAAAAGGUAAUGAUUGAUAACUACCAUUUGUUCUUUCAGGAUAAAGAACUCAGUGAAACCAUUCCUGAAGAAACACUGCACAUUUCAGGAAAAGCUACUUCAGAAGAAGACAGAGAAACCUUAAUUGUAAACCAAAGGGUAGGAAGAAGCAAAAGACCUAAAAAAGACAGAUUAUCAUGGCCAAAAUUCCAGUCAAUUAAAAAUAAAAAGAUACUGGGACACAGAAGAUCUCACAGUACAUCAGAUGCAUAUGAGCCUGCUAUACAGGAUAUUUCCCCUACAAGCACAGAUACAGAGUCUCAACAAGAAAUUCAUAUCAAACAAAAAAAAGGAAGCCAAAAGAAACUGAAGUUCCCUAGUAUUGGAUUCAGAAUGCACAGAUCCAAAACAGAAAAUCAAGACAAGCAAAAAAAAGAAAUAAGUACUACAUUGUUAUAUGAAAAACAAAAGAUACAUAAUGAAGAUAUGAGCCUGGAAAAUCCUGAAAUACUGACUAUUGAAUAUACUGCUUCAGCUUCUGAAAUGGAAACAGAGGAAUUAAAUGAAACUUCAACAAAAGACAAAAAAUAUGUGGAAAAUGGUAUUCCCACUUACACAAAAAAGUGCCCUGAAGUUGAAAUAAGCAUUAAAAAUGAAAAGGAAAAUGAAUCAACAUUGAAGUAUACUGCACCUGAAGUACAAGAUAAAACAAGAAAAGUAUCAAAGACCAGUUUAGAAGCAGAUCUGAAAGAAACACCAACAAAACAAGCACCAAAAACAUCAUCAAAAUCCCGAAAAAAGAAACAAAAAGGAACAGAAGAUAAAACAGAAGGAGAAAAUGGAAUUAAAGGAGACAUAAUGGAUCACACAGCAAAAGUGUACAUAGAGGAAAGAGAUUUAGAAAUAGGUACAGCCAGAGCUGAAUUACAGCCAUGCGAGACACUGGAAACAAGAGAAAAACAAGCAGAAGAUGACAAACAGUUACCAAAAGACAGCAAAGUUGAAAACAAUUUCACAGUAACAAAAGAAAAUACAGAAGACAAAAACAUAAAGACAACUGACAAAACUUCAAUUAUUGAAAUUGCAGCAAUGAAAGAAGAAAAAGAUGUUGAUGAAAAAGAAAUAAAACAAAGAUUACCAAAGUUUAAACUACCUACAUUCACCUGGGGAACCGCAAAGGAUGAAUCACUGAAAUCAGAAAAGAACAAAACUGACAAGAUAACUAUCAAAGCACCCAAAGUCGAGGUGGACGUCAGCCUGCCCAAGCUGGACGCCAGCCUGCCUGAGGCAGAGGUCAAGGCCGGCGCCGUCGACAUCAGCAUCUCAGCCGCCGACAUCAAGCCGCCCGCCGUGGAGGGCUCCCUCGACAUCCAGGCGCCCAAGGUCGACGUGAAGGUGCCCUCUGCCGAAGGCUCGCUCGACGGAGCCGAGCUGGAAGCCCCGGGCCUCAAAGGCAAGUUUAAGAUGCCCAAGUUCGACAAGCCCAAAUUCGGCGUGUCGGUGCCCAAGGCGGAACUGCCCGAAGGCGAGGUCAGCCUGCCCAGCGCAGAGGUCGAGCUGCCCUCCGGCACCGUGACGGUCACAGGGGAAGGCCCCUCCCUGGACCUCAAGGUUGACACUGCCGGUGCCAAAACAGAAGGGGCUGGCUGGAAACUGGAAAAGCCCUCCCUGAAAAUGCCCAAAGCUGACAUCAAAGCCCCCAAGGUGGACAUCAGCCUGCCCUCCGUCGACAUCACCCUUCCAAAGGCCGGUCCCCCCGUCGAACUUGCAGGCGCCCCGAGGCGACGCUCAGCCCUCGACAGGACAGCGCAAAGCUCAAAGCCCCAGAGAGAGGCCACCGCCAAGGCAAAAGACGGCAAGUUCAAAAUGCCCAAGUUUGGCAGUGCCUUCUUUGGCUGGUCCAGCAGCGAGAGGCCAAGGCGCACCGUAGCCGCCGAUGUGGACGUGAGCCUCAAGAGCCCCAGCUGACGGCAACCCUCCAACCGCCGACUCGACGUGACCCUGCCUGGGCGAGAUCUCAAAGCGCCCGGCGUCGACGUGAGACCACGAGGCGGACCGCCGCGCAGGAUGCGUGAGAAAGGACGGUUCAAAAUGCCCAGCGGGUCGAAGAUGCCCAGCGUCAAGCUGCCCAAAGUCAAAGCUCCCCACGUGCAGGUCAGCCUGCCAAAGGCCGAGAUCUCGCUGCCCAAAGCCCAGGGCGAAAUCACCGAGGGCGAGCUCGCCCUGCAGGGCCCCGAUGCUGAAGGCAGCCUGGACGUGGCUGCCGGCAAAGCGGAGGGCGGCGGCAUGAAACUACACAUGCCAAAAGUCAAGGUGCCCAGCGUGGCCUUCUCCAAGCCGACCGUCAAGGCGCCCAAAGUCGAGGUGGACGUCAGCGUGCCCAAGCUGGACGCCAGCCUCCCUGAGGCAGAGGUCAAGGCCGGCGCCGUCGACAUCAGCAUCUCAGCCGCCGACAUCAAGCCGCCCGCCGUGGAGGGCUCCCUCGACAUCCAGGCGCCCAAGGUCGACGUGAAGGUGCCCUCUGCCGAAGGCUCGCUCGACGGAGCCGAGCUGGAAGCCCCGGGCCUCAAAGGCAAGUUUAAGAUGCCCAAGUUCGACAAGCCCAAAUUCGGCGUGUCGGUGCCCAAGGCGGAACUGCCCGAAGGCGAGGUCAGCCUGCCCAGCGCAGAGGUCGAGCUGCCCUCCGGCACCGUGACGGUCACAGGGGAAGGCCCCUCCCUGGACCUCAAGGUUGACACUGCCGGUGCCAAAACAGAAGGGGCUGGCUGGAAACUGGAAAAGCCCUCCCUGAAAAUGCCCAAAGCUGACAUCAAAGCCCCCAAGGUGGACAUCAGCCUGCCCUCCGUCGACAUCACCCUUCCAAAGGCCGCCGUCGACCUGCAGGCGCCCGAGGCGACGCUCAGCCUCGAAGGGGAAGCAAAAGCCCCAGAGAAGGAGGCCACGAAGGCAAAAGACGGCAAGUUCAAAAUGCCCAAGUUUGGCAUGCCUUCCUUUGGCUGGUCCAGCAGCAGAGAGGCCAAGGGCACCGUAGCCGCCGAUGUGGACGUGAGCCUCAAGGAGCCCCAGCUGACGGCACCCUCGGCAACCGCCGAAGUCGACGUGACCCUGCCCGGGGCCGAGAUCCAAGCGCCCGGCGUCGACGUGACCAUCGAGGCGGCCGCCGGCGCAGAUGCGGAGAAAGGACGGUUCAAAUGCGACGUCAAGCUGCCCAGCGUCAAGCUGCCCAGUCAAGCUCCACGUGCAAGGUCAGCCUGCCCAAAGGCCGAGAUCUCGCUGCCAAAAGCCCAGGGCGAAAUCACCGAGGGCGAGCUCGCCCUGCAGGGCCCGAUGCUGAAGGCAGCUGCGACGGUGGCUGCCGGCAAAAGCGGAGGCGCGGCCAUGAACUACACAUUGCCAAAAGUCAAGGUGCCAAGCGUGGCCUUCUCCAAGCGCGACCGUCAAGCGCCCAAAGUCGAGGUGGACAUCAGCAGUAGCCCCAAGCUGGACGCCAGCCUGCCCGUUGAGGCAGAGGGUCAAAGGCCGGCGCCUGUCGACAUCAGCUCUCAAGCCGCCGACAUCAAAGCCCGCCGCGUGGAGGGCUCCUGCGACAUCCAGGCGCCCUCAAGGUGUCGACGAUGAAGGUGCCUCUUUGCCGAAGGCUCGCUCGACGGGCCUUGACCCGGCGAUGGAGGAAGCCCCGGGCCUCAAAAGUGCAGGUUUAAAUGCCAGAGUUUCGACAAGCCAAAUGUCGGCGUGUCGGUGCCAAGCGGAAACUGCCCCGAAGGCGAGGUCAGCCUGCCCAGGGCAGAGGUCGAGCUGGGUCCGCUCCGGCACCGUGAACCGGUCCGAACUAGGGGAAGGCCUCCCUGGACGCUCAAGGUUGACACGUGCGGUGCCAAACAGCAAGGGGCUGGCUGGAAGACCUGGAAAAAGCCCUCCCUGAAAAUGCCCAAAGCUGACAUCAAAGCCGCCGCAAGGUGGACAUCAGCUGCCCCUCCGUUGCGACAUUCGAACCCUUCAAAGGCCGCCGUGACCUGCCAGCGCCCCGAGGCGACGCUCAGCCUCGAAGGGAAGCAAAAAGCCCCAGAAAAGGAAGGCCACGAAGCAAAAGAACGGCAAAGUUCAAAAAUGCCCUCAGUUUGCAUGCUUUCCUUUGGCUGGUCCAGCAGCAGAGAGGGCCAAAGGCAUCCGUAGUCCGCCGAGGUGUGGACCGUGAGCCUGCAGAGGAGCCGCCAGUUGACGGCACCCUCCAACGCCGAAGUCGACGUGACCUGCCCGGGAUCCCAAGCGCCCGGCGUCGACGUGACCAUCGAGGCGGCCGCCGGCGCAGAUGCGGAGAAAGGACGGUUCAAAAUGCCCGACGUCAAGAUGCCCAGCGUCAAGCUGCCCAAAGUCAAAGCUCCCCACGUGCAGGUCAGCCUGCCAAAGGCCGAGAUCUCGCUGCCCAAAAGCCCAGGGCGAAAUCACCGAGGCGAGCUCUGCCCUGCGGGGCCCCGGAUGCUGAAGCAGCUCCUGGACGUGCUUGCCGCAAAGCGGAGGGCGGGCGGCAUGAAACUACAUCAUGCCGAAGCAAGUCAAGGUGCCGACGAGCGUGGCCCUUCUCCAAGCCGACGUCAAGGGGCGCCCAAAGUCGAGGUGGACGUCAAGCGUGCCCAGCUGGAUUCGCCCGAUGCGCGGCUGAGUGCAGAGGUCCAAGCCGCCGACAUCACAGCCGCCGCCGUGGAGGGCUCCCUCGACAUCCAGGCACCCAAGGUCGAGCGUGAUGGGUGCCCGCUCUGCCGAGGCUCGCUCGACGGAGCCGAGCUGGACCCCGGGCUCAAAGGCAAGUUUUAAGAUGCCAAGCUUGACAAGCCCAAAUUCGGCGGUGUUCGGUGCCCAAGGCGACUGCCGGAAGGCGACGUCAGCCUGCCCAGCGCAGAGGUCGAGCUGCCCUCCGCACCCGUGACGGUCAACAGGGAAGAGCCCUUCCUGGACUCAAGGUUGACCACUGCGGUUGCCAACACAGAAGGGGCUUGCUGGAAUACUGAAAAGCAGCCUCCUGAAAUGCUCCCAAAAGCUGACAUCAAAGCCCCCAGAGAGGAGACAUUCAGCCUGCUCCGUCGCCAUAUCACUCACUUCCCCCAAAGGCCGCCGUCGACGCUGCAGGCCGCCGAGGCGACGCUCAGCCUCGAAGGGGAAGCAAAAGCCCUAGAGAAGGAGGUCCAUCGAAGGCAAAGACGUGGCAAGUUCAACAAUCCCAAGCUUGCAUGCUUCAUUUUUGGCUGGUCCAGCAGCAGAGAAUCCAAGGGCACGGUAGCCGCCGAUGUGGACGUGGCCUCAAGGAGCCAGCUGACAGCCACCUCUGGCACCGCCGAAGUCGACGGUGACCUGCCCGGGGCCGAGAUCCAAGCGCCCGGCGUCGACGUGACCAUCGUAGGCGGCGCGCGGUCGCAGUGAUUGCGGAGAAUAAGUGAACUGGUUCAUACAAUGCCGAGCGUCAAUUAGAUGCGCCAGCGUCAAGCUGACCAAAGUCAAAGCUCCAACGGCAAGGUCAGCCUGCAAAGGCCGAGAUCUGCAGGCUGCCGCAAUAGCCCCAGGGCGAAAUCAACCGAGGGCGAGCUCGCCCUGCAGGGCCCGAUUGCUGAAGGCAGCUGGACGGUGCGCUGGCCGGCAUAAGCGGAGGGCGGCGGCAGAAACUACAACAUGCCAAAAAGUCAAGUGCCCAGCGGUGGCCUUCUCAAGCCGACCGUCAAGGCGCCCAAAGUCCGAGGUGGAGUCAGCGUGCCCAAGCUGGACGCCAGCAUCCCUGAGGCAGGGGUUCAAGCCGGCCGCGUCACAUCCAGCCUCUCAGCCGCCGACAUCAGCCGCCCGCCGUGGAGGGCUCCCUCGACAUCUCAGGCGCCCAAGGUCGACGUGAAGGUGCCCUCUGCCGAAGCCUCGCUCGACGGAGGCCGGCUGGAAGCCCUGGCCCUCAAAGGCAAGUUUAAGAUGCCCAAGUUCGACAAGCCCAAAUUCGGCGUGUCGGUGCCCACGGCGGAACCUGCCGAAAGGCGAGUCAGCCCUGCUCCACGCAGAGGUCGAGCUGGCCCUCCGGCACCGUGGCCGGUCAACGGGAAGGCGCCUCCCUGGACGCUCAAGUUUGACACUGCCGGUGCGAAAACAGAAGGGCUGGCUGGAAAUGGAAAAGCACUCCUGACCAAUGCCCAAGCUGACAUCAAAGCCCCCGAGGUGACAUCAGCUGCCUCCGUCGACAUCACCUUCAAAGGCCGCCAUCGACGCUGCAGGCGGCCCGAGGCGACGCCAGCUCGAAGGGGAAGCAAAAUCCCAGAGAAGGAGGCCAUGAAGCAAAAGACGGCAACAGUUCAAAAGCCCAUGUUUGGCAUGCCUUCCUUUGGCUGGUCCAGCAGCAGAGAAGGCAAGGGCACCGUAGCUGCCGAUUGUGGACGUAGCCUCAAGGAGCCCUCAGCUGACGCACCGUUAGGCAACGCUGAAGUCGACGUGACCCUGCCCAGGGCCGAGAUCCAAGCACCUGGCAGUGGUGUUAUCUCUAUUUCAUCCUUUGCGAAGGAGGAAUCCAAGUCUUUCUUUAGUAUGCCCAGAGUUUCACUUUCAAAAAGUUCAAAGAGUGAUCUUUCAAAGAGUCUAGUAAUUGAAUGUUCUGAGUCAGAAUCUAUUUGCUAUUCUGUAUCUGAGCAGUCUCCUGCAGUUAUUUCUGGUGGUGUUGCUAAGAUACUUGUUCCUGACUUUAAGGGAGACAUCUCUUCUAAAAGUAGUAAAUUUCGAAUUCCUAGUUUGGGUUUCUCCAAAGUUGAUAUUAGUUCUAAAUUUGAACAAGAUUCCCCAUUAUCAAAAGGGGAUAUAACUCUUACCAAAUAUCAAACUAACGUUUCAGAAUCUGAAUUAAAACUAUCAUCUUCUGCUGAUAUGAAUAGUUUCUUUUACGGAUUUGAGAUUUUGAAUGGAGCAUGCGUUUCUUGUGAGCAAGGAAUUAUGAAGCCAGGAGGUGUGAAAACGCUACCUGCUGAGUUGUCUGUUGGUGACACAGAGUACACUGUUAAAAUUCCUAAAUUCAGAAAACCUAAGUUUGGAAUUUCUUGGUCAAAAGGAAAACAGUUAGAAAGUGACAUUGGUUCCAAAAUGGAAACUGAAUUUUCCAAGGAAAUGUUUGAUGUUGAAAAUCCAUCUCAGAUUCCUGAAUCUGAGUUUGGCCUAAAAUUGCAAAAGCCCUCACCUGAAUUUGCUGCAGGUGAAUCCAAGUUGGAUGUUAAUCUCCCAUCACCAGAUGUUACUAUGCCAAAAUUAGAAAUGGAUGUCCGUGGCCCAGUGUACAGGAAAGAGCAGGAAUUAAUUUCUGAUGAGAAGGACACUGAGGAGAAAGAAAGCAAAUUUAAAAUGUCAAAAUUCAAACUACUGCCAUUUAGUUGGUCCCCAAAGAAAGAAGCUGUUGCUCCUUCUGAGGCUGAAGGACAUAUGGGAGAAUCCACUAUUUUACCUGGAGAUUCAGAAUCUAAAUUAUCACCAAUUACCCCUGAGAAUCAAGACCUUCAUGUGGAAUUAGAUAUAGCAACAGGAAAAGAUAGUGUAAAGGGCAAAACCAAGAAGUCUCAAUUUAUCAUGCCAAAGAUCUCACUUACUAAAGUGAAGGGUCAAAAAGUCCAGGGCUCUCUGCCCAUACUCGAAACUGAUGUUUGUGAUCUCAAACAAGAAAAAAGUGGAGAUGCUUCAGUACAGAAUUCUGACAAAGGGAGUAGUGGAGAAACAGCAGAAAUGAGUGUAAAGAUGCCGAAAAUUAGAGUUUCCACUGUGGAAUUUUCCAAACCUAAAGUUGAAGGACCCAAAACAGAAAUGGAUAUUAGCAUGCCUGCAGGUGAGGUCAUACUUACAGCUUCUGAACAAGAUGACCUAACUCUGAAAUCAGCUUUUGAUGUUAUUCCUUCCUCAGAUACUAAGAUGACAACUGAGGCCUCGCUUGAGGUGAAGAGUCCUGAGACAAGUGUUGAAAGAUCAUCAAGUGAAAUUACCAUGAGUGGUGUAGAAAUAAAAGUUGAAGGUACUGAAGGGAAAACAAAAAUGUCAAAAUUCCAAAUGCCCAAGUUUGGAAUGACACUUUCUAAAGGGAAAGGAUCAGAAAAGGAGGUCAGCCAAACCAGAUCGGAAGCCAAGGUUUCCCAACUAAAAGCAAUGACAGAAAUAGCUGACAUUGCCAUGGAAGCACCAAAUUUGGAGGUGGAAUGUGGUGAAGGAAAAGAAUUCUCUAGCUCUAAACUGAAAAUAACCAAAGCUGAAAAGAAGGCACCAGAAGCUGAUACUCACUUCUCAACAGGUGAGAUUUCUGUCUUAAAAACAGACAGUGAUGUUCAAGAUUCAGACAUGGCACUGAAAAUUAAAGAGGAAACAAAGCGUGAGAAUGAAGAUGGAGAAGAGAAAGAAGGUCAUUUCAAAAUGCCAAAAUUCAAACUUCCAUCCUUCAGUUGGUCACCAAAGAAGGAAGCAACUGUUAAGGCGGAUUCUGGAGCAAAUUUAGAAGACAAUAAAGUUGCUGCAAUGUCAGGUGGAAUAGACAUAGAAGUGGAAGGGACUGUAGCUGAUGAUCAAGGAGCCGGGCCUGCCCUUGAUCUGGAAAUACCUGCUGGAAAAGAUCAACAAAAAAGUCCAAUUAAAAAGCCUCAGUUUGUCAUGCCUAAAAUUUCACUUUCCAAGAUCAAGAUUCCCAAAUCUCAAGGACAUUCAUCAAAAGUUGAGGCUGGAAGUACUGUAACUAAAACAGAAAGAGAUGGAGUUGAUUCAAUACAGAUACCUGAUAUAGAAAGAAGUCAUUCCACACAGACAGAAGAAGGGGCACAAAUAAGCAUAAAAACAGCUGCAGUUAAGAGCCCCAAUUCAGAGCUUCCCAAAACUGAAGCUUUCCAAGCUGAUCUGGGAGUCAGCUCAGCCAAGACUGAUGCUGCUAUGACUGCCUCAGAGGAGAGUUUCCAACGGGUUGCCCUAAAAUCAAGUUCUGAUAAAGAUUCAAUUCAAAAAACAGGCAUUGAGUUCCCUGAAGGAGAAACUUCAGCUGAACCAAGAAACAUCAAAAUAGCAACUGAAGGAUCAUUAGUUAUGGAUGGAAGAAAGAUGAAAUUGGAAGGUCACGACAUACAGAUUAAAAUGCCCAAAUUCCAGAAGCCAAAGUUUGGAAUCUCCCUGACAAAAGGGAAAGGCCCAGAGCCAGAGAUCAGCUCUCCAAAAUCAGAAGCUGAGCUACCUCAGCUGAAAAUGACAACAGAAGUAGCUGAUAUUGCGGGGAGAGUGCCAGCAUCAGAACUCACAUCUGAUAUGUCAGAUCCUGAGCUAGAGGUUUAUGCUUCAAAGGCAAAAACACCUCAAGUCCUGACAGCUGUCACUGAAGCUCCAAAGGUAGACAUGAGCCCCCAGUCAGAGUUUAAAGCAGUGACAGAUGGACACACAGAGAGCCUUGAGGAGAAAGAAAUCAAAUCAGAAGAAGAAAUGAAAGCUGAAGAAGCUCGGACUGAAGAACAUCAGGGAUGGUUUAAAAUGCCAAAAUUCAAAAUACCAGGAUUUGGCCGCACAUCCUUAAAGGAAAAGAAAGGUGAUGGUGAUGUUGAAAGAAGUCUGGAAAAACCUCAGGCAGGCAUUCCUUCUGCUGAAGUACAAACUGAAGAUAAAAUUACUACUGGAAAAGAAGAGAUUCCAAAAUUAGGAGAUUCUGUGGAGAGUUCUGUUAUUAGCUUGCCAAAGGUAGAAGGAGAUAUUUUAUUAUCUGCAGAAAGAAGAAAUAGCAGAGAAAGUAUUCCAAAAACUGAAACGUAUGCAGAUGUAGUUAAGCGUGGUGCUGAAGGACAAAAAACACACAGUUCAGAAUUCACAGUGUCUUCAGGGGCAUUAUCUAAAACAGAAAUAAGUGCGUCAGUAAUUGACAAAGAUAACAGUUCACCACGUAAGUUCCCUAUGGGUACUCUGACUCUUCAAGAGCAAGAAGUUAAAUUACAGGAUAUUGAUACUUCAAAGGUAGAAAGCUCCACUGAACUAAAGACUUUCUGUGCAGAAUUGAAAACGUCAUCAGGUGAAUUUACUCUGGAUGGAACACAGGAAAAAAUAGAUGCAAGUCUUCCAAAGGGAGAAUUAGAUCUUCAAAAUCAAGGGAAAGUGAUUAAAACAGUAAAGACAGGGACAAGUGAGAUGAAAUUUACAGGAAAAGACAGUGAGUUAAAAUGGCCUACAGGUGAGUGGGCUACUGCAAAGGGAUCAGAAGAUGCUGUUCGUGUUACAGCUAAGAUGGAAGAUGUAAAGGUAGAUGUUCCUAAAGUGAAAAUGGAUGUUGAAAUUGAGAGGGUAGAUACUGAAAUGAAAUGUCAAGUGAAAUUUGUUGAAAAGGACAUGUCUGCAAAUGUGGAAGCGCAAGUAGAAGACAGAGCAGAAACAAGUAAAAUUAAAACAUACAAGUUUAAGAUUCCAAAGUUUGGAGUAUUGCAGUCAGAAGUGAAGGGUUUUGAAGAUGGUAUCAGUUUGCCAAAGUCAGGAGCUGUUUCAGUGUCUAAAACUGAAAUAGGCAGAGCGGAAAUGCAGUUUCAAAAAUCAGAAGGAUCCAUUGGCCUGACAUGUCCAACUUCAGAUCACACAGAAUCAUCUGCUAGAAUAACAGUGGAAACAGUGGACAAAUCACAAGAUGGUCCAGAAGUAAAUAUAAAAAUUCCCAAACUAAAAAUACCAAGAUUCACUUUCACAGGUCUCCCAAGUGAAGCUGAUGUUUCACUGUCAAAAGUGGUAACAGAUCCAAAAGGAACUAGUGCUGACAUUGAAGUGGUGCAUUUGCAAGCAAGCUCCACUACCCCUGAGGAAAUACCAGAGACUCUGGAAGGCGAUAUUAAAAAAGCAAAAAGCAAAAUUCUAACGCUGAUUGAACCUGACAUUAAAACAGCACAGAUGACUGCUACCAUAGAUUCCUGCCUUUCAAAUGCAGGGCAAGACAUUCAUUGGUCAUACAUAGAAGGCCAAGAAGUAAGAGAGAAAGUAGAACCUGAACAUGUUUCUAUUGAAAGGUGUGAAAUUUACUCUACCCAGAUAGUGAAGGAAUCAGAGAUUCUCUCAUCAGAAGUAAAAACUGCUACUUUGGGAUUUUCAUUGCUCAAGGCGAAGUUGCCUGAAUCACACAGCAACUUAGAAGUGCUAGUCCAGCAGAGCCCAUCAAUGGAAAAUACAUCUGUGAACAAAUCUGAACGUUCUGAUGAAAGUUUUGCAGUAACUGCACAGAGGACUGACACUGCUGAGCUUAAACCAUCUGACAAACCACACAGUGAGGCUGAAGAAUCUAGUGGAAGGAUAGGUUUACCUUCAGCAUUUGCUGCUGAAGUAAAGCCCUCCAGUAAACCUGAAGAGAAUCAUCCUGAUAAGGCACCAGAGAAAGUAACUGCCUUAUCUCUAAAGGUAACUCCUUCCUCUAAAGAUGGGGAUACAGCUGAAGCACAAGAAGACGAAGAGAAGUAUGUAACUAAUGAAAAAGAAAAGACUGACAGCAAAAGAUCUCCUGGAAGAUUCAAAUUUUGGCUUCCAAGUAUUGGCUUUUCAUCUUCUGGUGAUGAAACAAGUUCAGAUUCAAAAACAGAAGUAAAAAAAUCAGAAGAAACGAGGUCAGAAGAUACGAAACCUGCUGACACAUCAGUUAGUGAUUCUUCUAAGCAAACUGAAAAAACUGGAUGGUUCAGAUUUCCCAAACUGGGUUUCACAUCUCCUUCCAAAAAGGCUAAGACUGUUGACAAAGAAGAGACAGGUCAUAAAGAGAGAAGAAUAUCAGAUGAAGACAGCCCUUCAGAUAAACCUGAUGUGUUUUUUGAUGCACAAGAAAGCUUAUCACCUAAAGAAGUAGGAGAGAGUGAAAAACAAGAAAUCGGUGGGACCUCAUCUAACAUUCCAGUUUCUCAAACUAUCGUUACAUCUUCAGCAAGGACUGAGCUGAUCUUGUUGGAGGAAGAAAAAGCUCGUCAACUUAAUAUCCCUGGAGAUACAACCAAAUGAAGACUGUCUCCUGCCAACCACCCAGUGAAAACAGAAUAAUCUACACUGAGAUAACAGAAAAAAAAAAGAAAAAAGAAAGUUUUCCUAAUUUGCCAGUAACCAAAAAUUAAACAAAACCUUAAGGUGACAUUUAUAAAAAACAGUUCCUUGAAGAGAAUUUACCACAUCUAAAUCUUCCUGUACUUGAAUGUGCUAUACUGUGUAGUAAUAAAAAUACUGAUCUUUCCAAAUCUGCUCCAAAGGCAAAAACUGCUACAGGUACAGGAGAGUUCAUAAUAAAGUCUGAAAAGAUACCUGAACCAUGAAACCUUUGGAAGACUCAAUUACAGUCAAACGUCUUGUUAAAUAUGCUUCUCAAAAACACACCAGUUAGGAUUAGAUGACAUAUUAUUUGCAGAGCAGAGCAUAAACUAGUACUAUGAGAAUUAUAUUUACCUGUUUAGAUUUUGGAUCUCUCGGACCUAUUUUUGUUUUCUUACUAAAGCAUCUUUCUUUAUUUCAGCUCAAGUAGACACAUACUCCACAAUCAUUUUAAAAAGGAAAAUAAAAACAAAAUACUAGUGUAGACAGACAGAGGCUUCACCCCUUCCUCUCUUCAUAUGUUCUUCUUUUUAUUAUCAUGCUGGGUCAUAUUUAGCCUUAAAAGACUAAUAAAUAAAUAAAUAAAUAAAUAAAUUCAAGACCAAAAAACCCAACACACCCCACAUUUAAUUAUUUCACAUUUUUAAGGUACCCAAAUAAUGGUGAUAACUGUUAUAAAAAUGUGGAUAAAUAAAUUUUUAUGUGUAUAUUUACUGAAUAGCUGAAUGCACAGAAUGAUCUGCCACACUUCGGUGGAACUGCUUCAGAUAUUUUCUGGGAAAGGAGAUGUAUAUAGUUAUUUACCUCUUUGUUUAUAUUAAUGCUUCUCUCAAGUGCACAGCCAAAAACAGAGUGCAUAUAUGACGGCCUUCAUAUGUAUCAUUAAAACACUAUAUUCUUAAUUCACAAUAAAUUCACUACAUGAAAAGUAA